CAUUUAAUUAUUGUUCACUUAACAGACAGUUAUUAGUUCAUCAUAACACAUACACAAUGGCGAUACUGAUGAAGUUUUCUCUGCUUAUAUUGGUCAUGCUUGAAGUUUGUCUAUCAGAUAUCUACAUGCACAACCCAAGAGGAAGCAAUAAUCGACAUAAGGGGUCAAAACGAGACACGGAUAACCAAGCACGACUUUUCGAUUCUCAAAACAACGCUAGAGGUGGAUACAAUGUAGGAGAACAGUCGAUGUAUUAUUACAACGGGACGACACUUCAAAUACAAUGGUCCAACCAACAUUCAUGCGGAGAUGAGAACAACAAUUGUGAAAUCAUAAUUCAAUAUAUGUGUGGAAAUCAUUUGAGAGAUGGAACAACUGGAAACACGAUUUGUCGAAACCCAAGUUGCGACACCGAUCAAAGAUUUGGUCAGCAUGAAAAUUUACGAUAUUACGAAAAAUGCGCCGCAAGAGAAAGGAACAAAGGACUUUUUAAAGGCCCUGCCAACCACCAAGUCCGGAUAUCUGCUAGAAGUACAAGACAAAACAGAGAUGGCGAUCGAAGAGGAUUAGAAUGCCCAGAAGAAAGGGAUUACUAUCCUUAUUGGGGAGCAAGUCCAUGGAAGGACAUAGUUGUAUUCACUAAUGAUCCUACCAGAUGUGAAAAAUAUAAAGAGGAAAGUCAAAAUGAAAAAGGAAGAUACGAGUGCGAUUUCCCUGAAGAAUACUGGCAAGUGCGAAAAAGAAUGAAAAUCGUAUUAUUUGGAGACAAAGAAAAGUGUGAAGCGUCCACUGACACCGUUGACAACGUGACGUAUCGUGGAGAAUGGAAGUGGGUUCCGUCGCAUGGUAUCGGUAAACCUGAAUGCUACAAAAGUAUAUGGUCACGUGACAAUCACCAAGGCAACACAGUCGGAGGUUAUUUUGCGAAAUAUGAUUGGACAAUUCCAGAUCUGGCACAAUACGAAGAGAAAUGUGUCCUCAGAAUAAGAUACAAUAUAUCAACAAACGACUUCGACUCAUGGAAUACUUUUGGAGAACAUAACGAUAAUACGUUGGCUCUUCAAAGCAUAUAUUCAGAAUAUGGGUUUUCCGAACGUGAGGCCAGAAAGCGAGGCUAUGUGUACCAAAAUGAUCCAAAGCUUGACGUUUUCGCAACUUACAAACGAGAGAAAAAGUUUCAACUCCAAAUUGCUGUGAAUGUAGCGCAAUUCGGAAGAACAUUCCAAGACAGGUCGCACGUCUUUUAUGUUCAUCAUCGUCCAAUAGAUUACGUCGGAGAAACUAUUCACAAUCUCAAUGUUCGUGGCAAACGUGGAAAUCUACAACAGGUAUUCCCCGCGACGGAAUACGAUUUCGUGCCUAACGUGCUCAAAAUAACGAAAGGAGAUUUGGUGCAUUUCCAGUGGACUGGAUCAGAUAGCAAUCCUGCAAAUAACGCAGGGAAUGGAGAAGCACAGACUGACAGGAGCAAUAUUGCGCAACUGGCUCAAAGGACUUUUCCAAAGGGUGACGAUUUGACCAACAACACAUUGAAGACAAACUACCCAGCUUUUGAAUCUGAAUUUCUUGGGUUUUCACGACAUCAUGUUGAUGAUUUAGCCUUUUUAAAAUGCAAAAGUGAUGGCGGUACAUUGGACGAUAGAGAAGCCUAUUUCGACUUGGGUCCACAAACUGUAGAAUCGAUUGGGAAUUUUUAUUAUUUCAGCACAAGAAAUAACCAGUUCACAAACCGAGCUCAAAAAGCUUCGAUCUUAGUUGGCGAGGACUUCUACACUGACAGGGGAGUAUCGUAUCGUGGAUACAAAAGUGUCACAGAAUCUGGUAUAAAAUGUCAAAGAUGGGACAGUCAGACACCACACACACAUGAUUUCAACCCGGAGAAUCACGUGGAACACAAUCUUGUAGAGAAUUAUUGCAGAAAUCCAAACAAUAGAUGGAAAGGUCCUUGGUGUUUCACAACUGAUCCCAACACAAAAUGGGAAUUUUGCGGUUUGACAAAGAAAAGAAAUGCUGAUGCUUCACGAAAACGUAGAGAAGCAGAUAUCAGGGAUACAUCCUUGGGUUUAAGAAGGAUAUUUCCCACUAUCGAUAAAGACCCCUUCAUACAUGAGGGACUUUAAGAAGAAAAUACCACUGCAUUCACACAUAUCGAUUUUUUGUGGACAUAUUAAGAUUUCGGACCUCCAGAAGUAUGCGCACCAAGAUGGCGCACAACCUGAACAUAGUAUGUGUGUACCAAUUAGAAUUCAGGUUGUACGACAUUUUGGUGCGCACACUUUUGGAGCACCAGAUUUCGUUAUAUCAGUAUUGGGUAGUAAUUUUAUAACGUGUUCUGAAUUAUGAUUCCUGUUUUCUUCAAUUUUUGUAUUUUGAAAAUCAAGUUGCAAAAAUGUAUUGCUUAUCCAGUUGCACCUAACGUGAAUUUUGUUAGCGAAACAUGCACAACUAGUAGUAAUCAUAUACAAUAUAGUUUAUCCCAGGGUCUCUCAAACUUUUUUGGCCACGUUUCACUGCACAAUUUAUCGAUUCUCGGAGAAAUUUGUGACGAGCCAACUCGUAGAUCAGACUUUACGGCAAGUCUCGACCAGUAUAUUGUCAUCAUAUUGGUAAAAGAGCUAAAAAUGCUGCCUCACAAAUGUAGGUCGUUGCAAAAAGCAAUUAAAUUUUAAUUGACUUUUCUUACAUCAAUGGAUAUUCUAUUCAUAUCAUUGCGGACCCCCCGUGAGGUCAUCACGGACCCCUAGUGUUCCGCGGUCCCCAGUUUGGGAAACCCUGGUUUAGCCAAUAAUGCAAAUAUCUAUGCAGAUCAUUAGACAAUGAGUUCAUUUGUAUAUGUGUCAGUCACAUGAUAAUCUCAAGAAAUUUAACUUCAUUCAACUCAAGUCUUAUUUCGAGUUAAAUAAAACCAGGAAAACAAACCUUUAUCCUAAUUUCAAUUUUCCCAAUCAUUUCUAUAACUGUAGUAUAACUGUAACUAUUAGUAUUACUCAAAACGUGUAUGAAAUAUAUAGCCAAAUAUAUUAUCCACUGCUUUUUUUAUCCUAAAAUUACUAACAUUUUAUCUAUUUUGCAUUGUGAAGAAGGAUCUUAAACCAAUUCUAACGCCUCACCAUGUGGCGAUAUUCUAGAAAACAAAUUUUAUGUAUAUAUUUGUAAGCAAGCACUAACCAAAGUCGACGUUGCUUAACUUCUGAGAUCAGUAAAGACGUGGUGUGGUCCUGGACAUCAAACGCGUUUUCUAUAAAUGCAUUUAUAUUCAAGUAGCAGCAAAGUAUGUGUAUUUUUGCUUAUACCAAAGUUCUCUCAACAUUUGAUUGACUUAUGCUUUAUGAACAACAAAUUUUGUAGUUUGCACCUCUGCUGAAUUGUAUUUACAUGCAUAUCUACAUAAAUUCAAUAAACUGUUGCACGGAUAUA